AUUGAUUUACCCUCAGUGGUGAUUUUAUCUCCGCGCAUGGAAGCACUGAACGUAAAUUUGUGUGCGCGAUUUGAAUAAGAUUUUGUGCUGUAAAUAUUUCAAAUUCAAGUGACCCAAAAUAACGGAAAUAACACAGAAAAGCCAAGAAAUUGAGAAUAGAAACAGAAAUGUGAAAGGGAAAGAAGAGAUAAAUAACAGCAAGAAGAAUUGAUAAAGAAGAGGAACAUGAAGAAAUGAAGUUGUAGUGAUGAGAACAUAUACCGAGACAAGACGAGACAAUUCACUCGAACGAAACAAACGAAGCGAAACGAAUGAAAAGAACCAAACAAAAUUGAGUUGAAUCCCGCCACACCGAAACUGUAACGUCGAAAACUGUUCUUAACCAUUAUUAUUUGUUAUUACUGCGAAUAUAUUACUUAAAUUAAGAACAGUUCGAAAACCAUGGAAGAACAGAAGAUUGCAAAAAUCAAGAAAAUAAGAGGAAGGCAUCGUGGUACUUUGACUCGGCUACGCAACCAGGCCCUUGCUAUCAUUGAAGGCAACGGUAACCACACGAAGCUCCUGAAUCUGGUUGAAGAAUCGGACAAGGCGCUACGAUCUUUAAUCGAGGUGAGUGACGAGUAUGCGCUUUUGAUCGGUGAUGACGCGAGUUGUGAGAUUGAAAGGUAUAUGGAGGAGGAGGAGACAAAGCAUGUUGAGACAGUGAUGCAAAUACGAGAAUAUCUAAAGAGCCGACGAACCGCAGUUGAGCCCAGUAAUGAGCCCAGUAAUGAUCAUGAACCAGAGACCGAGACAGAAGUUGUCCAAGAACGAUUCUGCAAUUCUAAAGAAGCCGAGAUUCAGGCGAAACUCAAGGAGCUACGGCUUCAACAGCUAGAACGCCAAUUGGCGGAGCAGAGGAAAGAGCAAGAAUUGGCACACCAGAGAAAACUGCAAGAAGCUAGAGACGCUGCACAGUUGGCUAGAAUGGAGGCAGAUUGGAGAAAGGAAGCGGACGGAUCUGAAUGUGACCAUUCUGACUUCGGGACGCCUGUAGAACAGGCGGAAUUACAUGAUUUACCGUCUUGGCCGAAGGCGUUGGGCGCAGAGGCGGAACAGACGAACAGAGGUAAGACCGAAUCUGAAUCUGUCUCUAAUUCUUUACAUAAAUUCGAUCAGCAUCGUGCAUUGCCAGACAUUGAUGAACGGCAGGUAGAGGAGAAUGAGCUCCACAGCACUUCCAAACCGGUUGAUAGUGGAGCACUUGACCAUUCGGGCCACAAAGCUACUAGCCAUUCGCGUACUAGUGGUCAUCUGUUACCACCUAACAGUAUUCCUCGUUUGACCCUUCCUGUAUUUGAUGGCAAUCCACUUGAAUGGCCGCGAUGGUUUAGCCUUUUCAAGCAUCUAAUAGACGACCAGCCAGAUUUAUCAAACACAGAAAAGAUGGUUCAUUUGCAGUCGGUUGUACAAGGGAGCGCAAAGCAAGCAAUAUCGGGACUCAUUUUCGAUCCUGAACUAUAUCCCCAGGCUAUAGACGUGCUAAAGGCAAGAUUUGGCAGGGAGCAGGACAUAGUACAAUCACAUUUAGAUGCAAUGCUGUCGGCCCCGCCACCAACGUUGUUUGGUACAGCUGGCAUGGAGCAGUUCUGCGGAGUUAUUAACAACACGGUGACUGUGCUACAGAAGCUCGGUUUCGUUGGUGACCUCGAGAGUUACGAAAACCUUCGGCGAAUGGUUGACAGAUUACCGAGAGAGUUGCGACGGGAGUGGGGUAGGCAUGUUGUUGAAAGGAACAUUGAUCGACCCACGCUCGUUGAUUUCAAUGCGUGGCUAGGAAAACAACUCAAAAUAGCAUUGAGCUGUUCUUCAAAGGGACAGGCAGUAAGACGAACAAAUUUGGUGACAAACACAUGGACUAGAGAAUGUCCGUGUUGUGGAGAUACCCAUGACCUUCAGUCAUGUGAAUCAUAUCAGCAGAAGACACCAGACGAGCGACUCCUAUUUCUGACAAAAAAUCGAAUGUGCUUUGGAUGUUUGCGCAGAAAUCACCUGGCUCGAGAUUGCCGGACAGCAAGAGUUUGCGGAAUCGACGGAUGCAGAUUCAAACAUCAUGAAAGCCUGCACGGGGCACAAGUGAAAAGGAGCGAGUCAGCACCCGACCGAGAAGAAAGUCGGCAGGGCAAAACUGCACAUCGUACGAUAGCAACAUCAGUUCAGGAUCGUGCGGGAGCCGUUACGUUGCUGCAGAUCGUUCCUAUACGAGUCCAUGGAGUCGUGAUGGCCAGAAAGAACGGUGUACUGCGUGCCUUUGAGAACAAGUGCGAGAUAGGUUUCUGA